UGUUCCGGAUGCAGAACAUCCUCGAUCAGAACUUAGACAUGGCCACAGCUCUACUCGCCGGCGAGAAGCUGAAGGAGCUGAUCCUGCCCGGCUCUUCUCAGGAUGAGAAGGGCGGGGCCUUGGCCAGCCUCAUGGUCCAGCUCAAGCUGGAGCUGCCCUUUGAUCGUGUUGUUACUAUAGGGACGGUCAUCAUCCCCAUCCUGCUGGUCACCCUCGUCUUCACCAGGAACUUUGCAGAGGAGUCCAUAUACUGUUACACACCUCACAACUUCACCAGGGACCAGGCACUUUAUGCAAGAGGCUACUGCUGGACAGAGCUGAGUGAUGCUGUACCUGGUGUGGAGCAUCACCUCUGGCCUUCGCUCUUUGAACACAAGUUCCUGCCCUACGCCCUGCUGGCGUUUGCUGGAAUCAUGUACAUACCUGCUUUGGGCUGGGAGUUCAUGGCCUCCACGCGACUCACCUCGGAGCUCAAUUUCCUGCUCCAAGAGAUCGACAACUGCUACCAUCGAGCUGCUGAGGGCCGAGCCCCAAAGAUCGAGAAGCAGAUCCAGUCCAAAGGACCUGGCAUAACUGAGCGAGAGAGGAGGGAGAUCAUAGAAAACGCAGAGAAGGAGAAGAGCCCAGAGCAGAACCUGUUUGAGAAAUACUUAGAGCGACGAGGCCAAAGUAACUUUCUGGCUAAGCUUUAUUUGGCUCGCCACCUGGCUAUUAUCUGCCUCAGUUCCAUCCCCAUUUCCUACCUGAGCGCCUACUAUGCCCGCCAACGGCAGAAUGAGUUCACCUGUGCGCUGGGUGAGCCCCCAGACAUCAGCAGCUAUUUAGAGCUGAAGCUCAGGGUUAACUGUAAGCUACCCGCCGUGCAGCUGCAGCGCAUCAUGGCCGCUGUUGACAUAUCUCUGCUCUGCACCAUGAACCUCAUCAUCCUGAUUAAUUUGCUGCAUCUGUUUGUUGUGCGCAAGUCCAACUUUGUUUUUGACAAACUGCAUAAAGUUGGCAUUAAAACACGGCGACGCUGGCAGAAGUCUCAGUUCUGCGACAUCAACAUCCUGGCCAUGUUUUGCAACGAGAACAGGGACCACAUCAAGUCCCUCAACAGGCUGGACUUCAUCACCAACGAGAGUGACCUCAUGUAUGACAACGUGGUCAGGCAGCUGCUGGCGGCGCUUGCACAGUCCAACCACGACGCUACACCCACAGUGAGGGACUCUGGGAUACAAACGCUCGACCCCAACAUGGAUCCCUCUGAUCUGGGAGUGGGGGAGAUGGCCGGGGAGCCGCUGGUCAUCAAACGGCCUCGAAAGAAGAUCAAAUGGAUCCCAUCCUCAAAUCCUCUCCCUCAGCCAUUCAAGGAACCUCUUGCCCUCACACGCUUGGAAAAUCACACCAAGCCUGAAAAACCCAAACAGCUCAGACGAAAGACGGUGGCCGACAACUUCAUCGCACCACUUCUGGACAGCAAAGGCACACAGUAUCCAGCAACAAAAGAUAUAAGCGCGAUGGAGAAAAAGCUCACUCGCAACUUCUCUCUGGACGUCCACCCGUACAUGCUGACCAUUCGUAAGCCCAAGGUGGAGGCCACAGCUGUGGUACCACUACCCUCAGAGCACAACAUGGACACUGUGUACCUUGAAGGCACGCACACCAUCGUUCAUGUGUCUGGUGCAAUUACAGAGACUAAGGUGUGCUCUCCAGAAUCGACCAACCAAUCCUUUUCUACCGUAGCCCUGCCCACCACUGCAUAUGUAAAUGGGGUGAGCCCCAACCCACCGUCCAGCGAGGAUGCACUCAGUCCCAAGUCUUCCCCGCCACAAAGGGAGCCCCUCACUGGCCAGGCAGAAAACCCUGAGCCUCAGACACUACCCCUGACCAGAGCGCCCACACACCAGCUGCUCAGCAUACACCACACUCUCUUUGAGGAAGACGAGGACGAAGAACACCGUAGAGACAGACUGGCAGGGAGACCGGGGGAGCUCAUCGCCGCCGGGGAAUGUUAAAGACGGAGAAGACGCCCACUGAGAUUCCUCUCUGCACAUGACCCCUGUGUCAAUCCUCUACUCCAAUCCAGAGCCUCCCCCGCUCACCUACUCUCACUUCUUACACUUCUGUGAUGGGUGGAUUGGGCUGACUGAUGAAAAAGAGAGGGAAAAACAUUUGGAUGGUUGAAAUAUUCAGAGGAUAAAUAAGACAGAGAUUUUUUGCAUUUUGUUGUGUUUACCAGAGUAUUUCUGUAGGAACUGAUGUCCCAUUCAUGUCUCAGGAUGACUGUACAGCUCAUCACCCUCCAAUGAAACCAGCAGUGAUAUACUUUAACAGGGUGCUACGGUGCAGGGUCAAACCGCUAUUAUCAGUAAAGAAAGGAUGAGCAGCGAUGGGAGACGAGCUCAGACAACUUUGGAUUGAUGCAUAUUUGCAGAGAAGACUGCAUUGUGGCUUCGGACGAGAUGUAUUUUAACACAUAUGAUAACGCUUAGUCCCUUUAUCACAAUAACCAAGUAGAAAGGUAGCUCACGCAAUACACUUGUUGAGAUCUGCACAAUUAAUAUGCAAAAGAUCACAAUAUAUUUGUGGCAAUAAGGUUUGCGCUUACAGCAUCAUAGUUCGCAGAAAGCUGUACAUGUAUAGACACUGUGUGUGACUCAGUGUUUUGUGGGAUAUUUAGAAUAUAAUAGAUUACAAGGCUUAUCACUGAUUAGGGAUGUGCAUUAUGAUCUUGAUUCUAAUAUAUUUGCACAUCAUUAAUUAUAGGUAAAUUGGCAUAUUUUAUAAAGGAACAGCAGACUCUACAGUGAUAGGAGUGAUUGUGUGAGUGAGUUAUCAGUAUUGAUGUGUGUAAUAGGUGCCAGAUAUCUUUUUGAAAUCUUGUAGAAAAGGUAACGUGGGUGUUUUCUUCUUGACGACGUGAAUAUCCCUUCACCGUGACGACUGGAGCUGGACUCACUGUUUCUGGACUCUGUGUUCUGCUGGCUCCUCGUGCGAGUGCUGUGAUGUGAGAUGAAUGAAGUGGCGAGGUGCUGUCGAAUCACUGGAAGGGUUUAUAACACAAUGACAAAGCUUAUGAUUGUCAUCUGCUGUUUUUUCAGUGCUCCCCUGUCUCGACACCUGCUUGAUCGCCAAAACAAACUUGUGAAAGAAUGACUUGCUAGACUAGUUUGUCUGUUAUUUGUAGUUAAACCAAGCAUAUAGGCAAUGUUAGCACCUUUCACACAGAGGGGUUUAGUUCACUAGUGUGUGGACAAGGGGAUGGGCGCCUACCACAACCUCUUCUUAUGCAUUUAUUGCAGAUGCACACAUGAACCUCAAUAAAAUAUCUGAAAUCACUGACACAAUAUGACAUGUUCUGUAGAAGACUUUAGUGCUAUUGUCACAGGCCUACACCUGUGUUUGAUAGAUGGACCUAGAUGCAUACUAUAUACUCAUUGUCUUGGGCAUUCAGUAAAUACACGCUUUAAGAUUUGUAGUGGUAGAGGGCUGGGCCAAAAAUUAUAUCAAGAUUCAAAUUAUGUAUCAUUCAUUUUCAAUAAUUAUAAAUUCCCCCUAUCAUAAGAU